AUGUCUGCUCCAUACACACCCCAGGAUAUUCAAGCCGUAUCAGCUGUCGUACGUGCUUUGGAUAAUGCUCGAAAGGACAAGAGAAAGAACGGGUUCUCAGUCAAAAAGACCACUUUCGAUGUAAAGGGAUCAGCGGAUGGUAUCCAGGUCGACUCAUGGCGCAUGCAGGAUUGGGACUACAAACGACCUAACCUGCCAACUUACGCCCGUGGCCUCUUCACGACAAAAACACGGAGGAACGAGCCAGAGAUUGCCGUGAGAGGCUAUGACAAGUUUUUCAACGUUGAUGAGGUCCCCGAGACCAAAUGGAAGAACAUUUUCACGCGGACACAAGGCCCUUACGAGCUCACACUCAAAGAGAAUGGUUGCAUCAUUUUUAUUGCUGGACUCGAAGACGACACUUUGGUUGUUUGCAGUAAGCAUUCGACAGGUGACCGAGACGACAUCCAGGUCAGUCAUGCAAGUGCCGGAGAGCAACGCCUUGAACAGCAGCUGGCUGCUGUUGGGAAGACAAAAGCAGACCUGGCGCGAGAACUUCGCAAGAGAAAUGUUACGGCCGUUGCCGAGCUCUGUGAUGAUCAAUUCGAGGAGCACAUUUUAGCAUACGGACCUGACAAGGCAGGACUAUAUCUCCACGGCAUCAACCUCAACCUUCCAGAGUUUGCCACAUACCCAAGUCGAUUUGUUCAGGAGUUUGCUGAUGAAUGGGCCUUCCGAAAAACUGGUCUGAUUGUUAUGGACGAUAUCGAACAGGUCAAGAGUUUCCUCGAGGAAGUAGCUGAGACUGGGGCUCACGAUGGCCGCGAUGUCGAGGGUUUUGUCAUUCGUUGCAAGAUGUCGCAUGAUCCAGCCACUCAGCCGUUCCAGGACUGGUUCUUCAAGUACAAGUUUGAGGAACCAUAUCUGAUGUAUCGCCAGUGGCGGGAAUGCACCAAGGCUCUCAUUGCUGGUAAGCAGCCUAAAUUCAAGAAACACACCAAGAUCACGGAAGAGUAUCUUCUUUAUGCUCGGAAACGACUUGCCGCAGACCCCAAGCUUGGGAAGGAGUACAACAACAACCAUGGAAUCAUUGCCCUCCGUGACGAUUUCUUGCAUUUCAAGAAUCUAAAGGGAGCAGAUGCAGCUAAUCUUGGAGAGCUCGACACCCCAGCCAUGACAGAGGUGGAACAAGACGUAAUUCUGUGUCCUAUUGCUACCAUUGGCUGCGGCAAGACAACAAUCGCCAUGGGACUCUCGCAUCUUUUUGGCUGGGGACAUGUUCAGAACGAUAACAUCUCUGGCAAGGGCCGCCCUCCACGGUUCACCAAGAUGGUGUUGGACGAGCUGAAGGACCACCCUGCCGUCAUUGCGGACCGAAAUAAUGCACAGAGACAUGAGCGAAAGCAAAUCAUCACAGAUGUGAAACUCCAGCACUCUACAGCCAAGCUUGUGUGUUUGAACUUUAAGCAUGAUGAAGAAACGAUCGACGAGAUUCGACGAAUCACUCAGCAAAGAAUCAUUGAGCGCGGAGACAACCACCAGACAAUCCACGCAGCAAGCGAUAAGGAAAAGUUUAUUGGUGUAAUGGAAGGUUUUAUUAACCGAUUCGAAGCUUGCAAUCCCCACGGCCGACCUGACGAUGGCUUCGAUGCGUUCAUUGACCUUGACCCGACAGCUGGCAGCCGACAGAACCUCGAGGUUGUUGUAACACAAUUGCACAAGGUUUUCCCCAAUCUUGUCAAGGAGGUUCCAUCUUCGGAGGCAUUCGAUGCUGCCAUUGAUUUUGCUCUCGGAUACAAGCCAGAAUUUCGACAUGAUAUCCCUGACCGGGGUAAGAAGAACAACCAACAGCAAAAGCCACAGCCCAAGGCGCAAAAGCCAAGGAAGCUGGAGUACAUGUCUGUUAGUGUUCCUGCCCGCGAGGUGAACAAUGCCCUUGAACAAGCCUUCAAGAGUACCCCCAAGGAAAUCUCUCGGCUGCAUACACAGCUCAAGCAGACUAGACGUGUGCAGCCAAAAUUCCACGUCACCCUGCUUCACAAGGCUGUCAGCAGUGCUCACCCCGAGCUUUGGGAAAAGUACACAACCCUUCAUAAAGAAUUAGAGGCUGCCGGUAACCCCGAAGGAAAGGUUGGCGAAUGUGAUGUAAUUCUUGAAAGAGUUGUAUUCGACGACCGAAUCAUGGCUAUCGUUGUUCGCCUUGCGGAUGAGGACGAUCAGUGGCAGUGUGUGAACCGUGUCGCGCAUAUUACAGUAGGAACUCGAGAUGAUUCAGUGAAGCCUAAAGAGAGCAAUGAUCUUCUAGCCAGAUGGUUGGAGGUGGGUAGCUCCCCUGAGACCAAGAUUGGUGAGGUUGUAUUUGCGGGGAAGCCAACUGUGAAGGGGACAGUAAUGCCCGUCCUGAGCAGAUUUUAA